GGUUUGAGGAACUUAUCUACGACAUGCUCAACCACGAUUUUCUGUUCUACGGCAUGAAUCUCCCGGACGGCGUAUCUUGCGAAAAAACGUCCCCACUUCCCCAGAGAAGUAGUUGUCAUGCAAAUCUCCAUAAGCCUCAAACGUUUCUCAUUCGCAGGAGCCCCAUGAGGAGCAUUCUUUACAUGCUGUCUGGCAGUUUGUUAUGCUAGAAUCAUGAGAAGGAGAUCGGUUACGGUUUGUCAUGCAGCUACAAAAUGACUACGGUAAGCAAACGCCAGUACUUAAGUACGUACACUGCAGCAGGUGCGAGUCCAAGCUUGUCAUGCGCGACAGCCUAAAGAUCAUACUGGUUUGUACUACAGUAAUACACCAAUCGCCAUCUUUACUCUGAAUUGCUGGGGACGUUUUUACUCAGGAUACGGCGCCCUCCAGUGUGUCCCCGGCGGCAAGCUGACCCGAGAGUUUAACUACCCCGACCUGGAGCAGCGGAAGAGCUUGGGCAACGGUGGGGCGAUUGCGUAUCUAACGCAAAAUGUGUCUGGACGUCUGGAAUAAGAUGCAGACUUGUAAUGCGCAUUUCGGAUCACACAAAGACAAAAAAAAAUCUCUUUCGUGCAUGGGCUCUGCGAUAUAACUGGCCCAAUUCUUGCCAACAAAGUGGUAGUACUAGGAAUUCUUGCAUGCAAGACUUUCUACUUGACCACGCAAAAAGUAUAGCAUGACAAACGUCUGCACUCAUCCAGACGGCGAUGUCCAGGGAUAUUUGCAAUGCAUAUCGUGCCUGAGGUGUCGAUUAACAGUCCGACCAACGCGCUGUGAAAAAGUAAAAAAAUGCACUAGGGUAACUAAAACGUCUAGUUGUAAGCACGAUUUUUUUUUCAGAACGUCUCAGAGUUUGUUGUCAGGAUGUCCUCGCCCG